AUGAUGCAGUGGUCGUCCUUCGUGCAGAAAGCUCAGUCCUUCAUCGACCCGGCCAACUUCAACCUCCCGGCCCUGAGCUCCUCCGAUCGGAACCCGUCCAAGGCCUCCCUAUUUCGCGAGCAAUUCCGUCUCCCCGAUUCUCAGAACCCACUGCAAGAGAUCACUGCUGAAUUGAUUCUUCCUAUCCCUCACACCUCCACCUCAACCGCUCACAGCGACCACCCGCGGAACCUUGAUCGCGCCGGCAACCGGUAUGCCGGUCGGCUUCAUCUGAGCGAGCGCUUUCUCUGUUUCUCGACACAACCCACCAGUUUUGUUCCGUCGUCCUCCCACGGAGCCUCAACCCACUGGGCCGGUCAAACUAAUGGAACCGGUCCAUCGGGCAAUGGCUUCACCAUCCCGUUGUGUUCGAUCCGACGCGUCGAGAGGCUGAACAGCCUCAGCCAUGUCUUCUCUCUCGCAUUGACGACAUGGAACGGCGCUCUAGGAAAACAACAAGCCGGGAGCUUUGUCCCGCAGCGAUUCACCAUCCAGCUGGUCGGGAGCAGGCAGGCCUGCGAACGGUUUUGUGAUGGUCUGAAGAAAGGUCUGCGGGAAGGCAUGAAGGAAAUCGAGAACCUGCGCGUGGUUGUCAAUGACUGCUAUUCGGAAUACUUGCUCUCGGGCGCCAAAUCCAAAGGCCAGAAUGCGGACAAUGCGGAGGUUCGUCAACCCCCGGAUGCUGGCUUGGGUAUGAUCUUUCGCUAUCCCGGCGACGCCCGCAAACUACGGGAUCGCAGUAAAAUGAGGCUGUGGGGAGAAUACUUCAGAGAGAAUGGCCGCAAUGCCACCCUCAUCCGCCAACCAACUUUCCAUAAACUAAUUCGAGUUGGUCUCCCGAAUCGCCUUCGCGGGGAGAUCUGGGAAAUUUCCUCUGGGUCACUGUAUCUGCGCCUUCGAUCCCCAAACCUCUAUACGGAAACCCUGUCCAAGUUUUCCGGUCAGGAAUCGUUGGCCAUUGAUGAGAUCGAAAAGGAUUUGAAUCGAAGUUUACCUGAAUAUGCGGGAUUCCAAAGUGAAGAGGGAAUUGGGCGGUUACGAAGGGUCCUCACGGCCUAUAGCUGGACCAACGCGGAGAUUGGUUACAUGUCUGAACCCCAAGCCUUCUUCCUCCUAUCUGUUCUCUGUGACCGUCUUCUCCCGGGAUACUAUUCGACAACCAUGUACGGAACGUUGCUGGAUCAGAAAGUCUUUGAAUCGUUAGUUGAGAAGACUAUGCCCGUACUCUGGGAGCACCUCACCAAGUCCGAUGUCCAACUGUCUGUGGUGUCGCUCCCGUGGUUCCUCUCCCUGUAUAUCAAUUCGAUGCCCCUCGUUUUUGCGUUCAGAGUUUUGGACGUCUUCUUCUUGGAGGGACCCAAGGUUCUUUUCCAGGUCGGCCUGGCAAUCCUCCGCAUCAACGGCGAAGAGCUGCUAGAUAUCCAAGACGAUGGCUCCUUCAUCUCCAUCCUCAAAUCCUACUUCUCCCGCCUCGACGAGUCCGCCCACCCCAGAUCCGAAAACCCCAAACUGAGGGCGAUCACCCGCUUCCAAGAGCUGAUGGUGGUAGCUUUCAAGGAAUUUGCUGGCAUCACCCACCAAACCAUUGUCGAUCAGCGUGCUAAACACAAGGACGCCGUACUGGAAAAUAUCGAGAGCUUCGCCAAACGGACUUCCAUCAGAAAUCUGGGUCCAGACAGCAAAAAGCUCAGUAUGGAUGAUCUAGGCAUCAUUUACGACCGCUUCUAUGAGAUCCUCUAUGAACACCAACAGAAACAGAAACUCUUGGAAGCAGAAAAGAAGCGCCGGGAGAAGAAGAGGAUGGAGCGCGCGUCGGUGCUUGGUCCUCCAGCGGAUCGCGAAGUCGGACGUGUUGGACUCGGACCAAGCCCGACGCAUAUGGACUACGAUGCUUUCCGCGACUUCCUGGCUGCAACGGCCAAAUGGGCUAUUGGCGACUCUCCCAGUCCCUCCAGGAAAGAAUCCGCUGAUUCAAACAGCUGGAGGGGAUAUGGCAAGUCCCCUCCGAGCAGGCCUGAACCGGCAGACCACGAGUUCAUGCAGCGCCUGUUCCGCAAAUGGGCCACUGACCCAGCGGAAGGGCUGAGCUUGCAAAAUGUUGUUAAUGGUCUCGCUCGCCUCAAAGGACCCCGUGAUAUCAUGAAUAACAUUCAGUACUUCUUCGACCUGUACGAUGACAGUGGAGCCGGCAAAGUGGAUAGAGAGGGGAUCUUGAGGAUGUCUGAGGCUCUGCUGUUCCUCUCUCGUCGCGGUUUUGAAGGCACAAUUACGCCCACUCAGUCCACGGAAGACUUCAGUCGGACUGCGCCGGGGCAGAUGGACCAGGACAAACUGAGCACAGACGAGAGGUUCUUGGGCAGUGUGAGCUCGUUCAUCCGUAGAUGUUUCGAGUACGCCGACCCUAGUCAUCCCGAAUCUCACGCCGCCGAAAAGGACACUAGCGAAGCAGCCGACAAGUUGGGCUCCUUCACCAUUGGUGACGAGGAGGAGGACUUGAUUGAUGUCGGUGAUGCGGAAAGCAAGCCCGAAGCGUCCAAGGCCGACUCGAAGUCCUCCGAGGAACCAGACACCAGCACCGACUCUCACGCUGACCAUCAUCGAAGUGUUUCUGAAUCUGCAAACCCCGCCCUCGAUCCCAAUAACCCUCUUCAUAUCACACUUCCUACAUUCCGCAUGGUCAUCCUGGCGGACGAGUUGCUGGAACAGUUCUUUGACAGCUUCUUCCCCCAGUCUUUCCAUCUCUCCGAUCUCUCUCACCCGGCCUCAAUGGUCUCAUCGUUGUCCUCGAACCUUACCACCUUCUCAAACAUUAACGUCCCGAAGCCCCAUAUGGGCUCGGUGUCGAGCGUGUCCCCCGCCGGAGCUUCAGGCGGUAUCGUUCCCCCGGGUAAGGGUCUCCGCGGUGUCCUCGACAACAUCGUCACCGAUGGUAUUCGCAUGGCCGCUGAGGUCAAGAAGCGGAUGGACGAGGCCCAGCGUGAACUGGAACGCAAUGCCCUCAGUCGCGAUGAAGACGAUGAGGACGAAGACGAGGACUAUGAUCCGCACACCGGUGGUCCUGCCACUCCUGCAAUCGUGGGUGGUCUCUCCAGCUGGGGCGCUGGCGCGUAUGGUGCCGACCCAGAACGCAGAAGCGUCCGUGAGACUGACCGUGAUCUCCUGGAGGGUGCUGAGGUCGUCAGCAUGCGCGGUAAAGAUGACGCGUCUCUCCUUGAUGGGAAGGAUGGACAACCAACUGGCGCGUCCGAGAGUCAUUCCUCCGCUGGUCAGGAGUCCAGCAAACAUGAACAGGAAGAUAGCGUCGUCAGCAAGGUGGUCGAAUUCGACUCGUGA